UUAAAAUUUUAGGCAAAAUAAACAAAGAAAAUAAGCUUUGGCCUAAACCCUUUCACUCUCAAGCUGAAACUCAAAACCCUUGCAAACUAGGCGCGGUUUCUAACUUUCUACUAGCUUCAAACACCUCAUCACAUUAAUUAGUAAUGGCGAAGAAGAAAAAGAGAGCGAGAGCCGAAGCCGAAUCCGAAUCCCAACCAGAACCACAACCACAACCACAAAAUGAAGUUGAGCUCGUUGCUAAUGGCGACUCUCACGAUAGCGAGAAGAAGAAGAAGAAGAAAAAGCAAAAGAAACAACAUAACAAAGCAGACAACGACCACGAAGAAGAAGAAGCAAAGGAAAUACCCACUGUCACCAUAGCCCUCGCCGGUUCCAUCAUCAACAACGCCCAAUCCCUCGAACUCGCCACUCGCUUGGCUGGUCAGAUUGCUCGUGCCGCAACGAUUUUCCGAAUCGAUGAGGUGGUGGUGUUUGAUAACAAGAGUGAUUCAGUGAAUGAUUACAGUGUUAAAGAAUUGGAUAGUUCAGAUGAGAACGAAACCGGCGCGCCUUUUCUUAUUAGGAUCUUGCGGUAUCUUGAGACGCCUCAAUAUUUGAGGAGAGCUCUGUUUCCAAAGCAUAAUAGCUUGAGAUUUGUGGGUGUGUUGCCACCACUUGAUGCUCCGCAUCAUUUGCGUAAGCAUGAGUGGGCUCCGUAUCGAGAAGGUGUCACACUAAAAGAAAGAUCUCCAGACUCGGGAACACUUGUUGAUGUGGGUCUACAUAAGCAUGUUGUUAUUGAUCAAGUAGUGGAACCUGGAACAAGAGUUACUGUAGCUAUGGGAACCAAUCGCAACCUGGAUACUGAUUUACCGCGUGAAAUUGCCUCACCCUCCAAGCCUAGGGAAGAAUCAGGAAUGUAUUGGGGGUAUAGAGUUCGAUAUGCUUCCAAUCUGAGUUCAGUAUUUAAGGAUUGCCCAUACAAGGGUGGCUAUGACCAUUUGAUUGGUACCUCAGAGCAUGGUCUGAUUGUUAAUUCAUCAGAUCUGACCAUACCUACUUUCAGGCAUCUAUUGAUUGCUUUUGGUGGACUUGCUGGGUUGGAAGAGAGCAUCGAGGAAGACAAUAAUUUAAAGGGGAAAAAUGCGCAGGAGGUAUUUGAUUUGUACUUGAACACAUGUCCACAUCAGGGGAGUCGAACGAUUCGAACAGAGGAAGCAAUACUUAUAUCUCUUCAGUAUUUCCAAGAGCCAAUAAGCCGAGCAUUGCAGAGAGUGGAAGUUUAAUUUUCCUUGAGUCAACUAACAGCUACAUAUUCAGAAUUUUGGCAAAUGUCUUACUUGGUGGAAGUACUCGAUCUGGUCACCAUGUUCCAGAUUAAAUCUGGUUGUAGACUGUAUGAAAUAUACAUAUGAAUAAUUACAAAGGUGGAAUUACCCUGACAUCUUAAGUCAAUUUUUAUCCAUUAAUCGAGGCUUCUUUUUUGAGAUA